UCCGUGGCUAUGUUUUUAAUUUUUAUAUGUUACUUUUCGCCUACUACAGGUUUUUUCUGCUCAUAUAAUGCUAACGCCAAAGACGAAUAAUUAUCAUAUGCUCCUGUGUAAAUACUGUAAUAUCGAUGACACCACAACCGGUAUCCAUGAGUGCCCUUGUAACUAUGUGUACGCAUCCAGGGAUUUCCUAGGAAGUGGCUCCAAUGGAAUGGUGUACAGGGGAAGAGCCGCAGAAGGAAGCAAAUUCCAUGGAAGAAACGCCGUUGCCGUUAAGAUUAUUCUGAAGAAUAUCGACGCUAACAGUUCGUUAGGCACCAUGAUGGGAUGGAAUAAAUGGUGUGAUAAAUUAAAGACUCUCCUCCGUCUGCAGCAUAAUAAUUUGGUUACGUACCAUAAAAUUACCAUCGACAGAGCAGAUGCCGUGAUAAAAGCCACUGGGGUGAUGGAUUUUUGUGACCGAGAUUUAGCUGUAGUCAUGGAGAAGGAUUUGCUCGAUUACAAGACCGCAAUAAACUAUGCGUGCCAAAUUGCCGAUGGACUAAACUAUUUACACCGGGAUGACAUUAAGAUUAUGCACGGAGAUUUAAAACCAGCAAACAUAUUGAUUCAGUCCAUAGGCAAGGAGAACAAAGUAAUGAUAUGUGAUUUGGAUGAUUUUGUUAAAAUCCAGCAGGAAAGGACCAGUCACGCUGAUGUCAGCAGAGUUGUGGGAACGUACAAAUACAUGUCUCCAGAGUUGGUUUGCUAUUACACUCAACGCCCAGGAGAUCCUGUUGGACGAGGUACAGAUAUCUGGAGUUUGGGCUGUAUUAUGUUGGAUCUCAUCGGGAGUGUUAUGGGUCAACGUGAGAAAUGGCUGGUCAAACUACCAGGAAGCUUAAUGACUGUAACUACCAUAGCGGAACUCAACCAUAUUAGAGCGGUAGAGAACGGAUGGGUGCCUUAUACAUUGGAUGCCAUACCGUCCGAUAUGGCGCAGUGUAUUAUGCCAUGCUUUGCUUACGAUAAACGCAUCAGAGUAACAGCCAAAGAGCUGUUGAAAAACCUGCACAGUGUAAACAAUACUUUACCAAAUAAGAUUGCCUUUUUCGUACAUCGUCUAGUGGGAGGAAAGACCGUGGUGUCGGCCUGCGUGUUUGACGCAAGAACAAAUACACUGGAAUCGCUCAAAUUGCCGGCGGAUUUAGAUAAAAAAGCUUUCACGGGGCAAAUCAAAGGACUGGACAACGAGGCGGUCUUCCAGGUUGUAAGUGCGGAUAAUGUUAGCUGGGAUACGGUUUCGUGUAAUUUGCAAGAACACUCCUCUACCACGCUUGUGUCUUCGCUUUCAUCGCCCGGAUGUCUUAUCAAGGUGCAGAAUAAGAUAUACUUCACUAAUCGGCUUCAAUGCGCAGGAGUUAAAUCUGAAUUGCUGGAAAUGGAUCUUGGAAGUGGUGUGCCCUCCACGAAGCGCAUUGCAUUGCCUCCAAGAUUUUCAGAUUUACGCUUCUUACAUGGGGCAGAGCGCCUCGGCCACCGAUACAUAAUCUUCUUCGGUGAAAUCAACGAGGUGGUUAAAACCAAUUCCAUUUUUGCACUGUGCUACGACACAAUCACCGGAUCCUGGCAACCUUUGCCGAGUCUUGCGGAUGGCCGCCGGGAUUAUGCCGUAGCCGUUGUGGGGACCGAUAUCUACGUUCUCGGUGGCAUGACUUUCAAGGACACCCCCGAGGGACAUAUAACAACAGUCGAGAAAUCGUGUUUGCUUCUGCGUCUUGCCGAUGUAGAAAUGGAAAAUUUACACUGGGAGACACUAAAGGCGGAGCUGCUAUCCCCGCGCGUGGAUCACUGUGCGUUUGCUAUCGGUACCAAACUGUACGUCUAUGGUGGACGUUACGCGGACGGCUCACCGGCACUGAUCAUGGAGACGUAUGACAUUCAUAAUACGACAGCCGGUGCGGGUUGGACUACCGUACAUCUUAAAGAGCUGCCUCAGGAAGAUGGCUUACAAGAAAAGAAUGGCCGUGUUGUGCGUACAGUGUGUGUACCGUUCUAUGCUGAAUCAUCAGGAAAUGUCUCGGUGUUAGCCGCAUGAGCAAGUACUGCUCCAUAAUUUUACCAUUUCCACUCACACCGUUCCACAGUACGGACAUGAUUAUAGGACAGCUUAUGUAUACCGCUCCAAGUAUACGGGAUAACAGGAUUAAAAGUGUGCAGU